AUGCAUCCAUUCACCAACUUGCUGAAAAGAGGAUGGCUGCUCCUCAUUGUUGCCGCCUUUUGUUUGAACGUUAAGCUUGCUUCAGCUGCCUUUACAAGUGUCAGUCUCGCAGGAUCUUUGACAGGAGCAACCUUGGAAACCCAAAUCAACCUUGCCGAUCCAAAUGCCAGUGGCCAAGACACUAUUACUGUUCGUUACACCGUCCCGCAAACUAGCUGGCUUGCUGUGGGCGUCAAUCCUGCUGGAACCAUGCCCAACGGCGAAGUGGUGAUUGGCAAGCCUGACGACAACAAUUCGGUGCGCAAAUACAAAAUAACCGCCAGGGGUGCUGGUGCUAUUAGUGAGCAACCCAACCAAACCCUCAUCAAUCCAAGUUUACAACAGACUGGCGGCAAUACUGUCUUGACAUUUACCAAGCUACUCGUGGAAGAUGGAGAAUUCACCAUUACGGCAGCUGCCAGCAACACCUUUAUUGCCGCCUUUGGAUCUAGCAACACGUUUUCAUACCAUCAAGGCUUUGGAUCUCAAGCUGUUACCUUGGAUGAUGGAUCUAAUCCUGGACCCGAUGCCAGUCCCACACCGCCGCCCACCACAGCAGCCCCUGUUCCCACCAAUCCUCCCACCACGGCGGCUCCCUUUGAAGCUCCCACGAACCCACCAGGAGCAGAUGUUUUGGAGCUUACGGGAGACUUGCAGGGUUCUAGCUUGAGUUACCAGUUCACCUUUGGCGAUCCCAACACUGGUGACAAAGAUAGUAUCACUGUCACGUAUACUGCCCCCGUCACUGCCUGGGUCGGUGUGGGGGCCAGUGAAUCCGGUUUCAUGCUGGGAUCCACUGCCAUCAUUGGCCUUCCUUCCACGGGUGAAGUGAAGAAGUAUUCGCUCAAUGCCAAGACCACACCCGGCGUGAGUGUCAUGCCAGAUGACCAGCAAACCCUGGUCAAUGUGGGCAUUACACAAGCCAAUGGAUUUACGACAUUGACUUAUACCAAGAUUUUGGUUGAAGAUGGCGAGGUCCCGAUCAAUCGCGUGGGAGACAAUAUCUUCGUUGCCGCACACGGAAGCUCCAAUACUCUUGGCUAUCACUCUGUCCGCGGAUCGUUUAGCUUAUCUGGAAAGGCAGUGGGAAGAGACAACUCCUUGUGGAUUGCUCACGGUUGCUUGGCCUAUGUCGCGUGGGGUGUCAUUUGUCCUCUAGCCAUUUUGGCAGGCCUCCUCCGAAAAUGGAUUCCUGGUGGACCAAGCAUGUGGUAUGAGAUUCAUCGCACCUUGCAAUCCUUAGUAGUGUUGCUCACGCUAAUAGCAAUCAUCAUUGCCAUUGUCGCCUUGAACCAAGACACACCAGACAAUUCGAGUGCCGGUCAUUUCCAACCAGAUUUUAGCGAUAGUCAUCGGACGAUUGGUUUGGCGGUAUUGAUUGUGGCCAUAUUCCAAGUGACGGGUGGAGUCUUACGGCCGCACCUUCCCGAGAGCGACGACGAAAAAAUGAGCACAAAACGCAAGGUGUGGGAAGUACUGCACCGGUUGUUGGGGACAGCGCUCCUUUUGUUGGCUUGGUAUCAGAUUGAUUUGGGAAUCUUUUGGUAUCACGAGAUCUUUGACAAUGGAAACCAGGAACCUACUGCAUCUGUCUUUUACGCAGUGAUGGGGAUUUUUGCAUUUAUCAUUUUGAUGGCCAUUUCAUUGAAAAUAAUGUGUGGUGGUGAUUGA